CGGCGCGCCUGUGCGUGGAGGGGGAUAGCUGUACCCAGCGCGAGGCACUGGGGGAGGAGGAAGCGGUAGCAGAGAUCUGAAUAAUUGAUUCUUCAGCCGCACCAGACGCCCGGGAGCGGGCGGAGAGCGUGGUUCCAACACCACGGACAGCAGCGCGCGCCGCCGCAGGCGCCCCCGUCGCCAGCCAGCCACCUAUCCUGGCCUUAUUUGCCGCCGUGCGCUCUCGGAACGGGUGGCCGCGCUCCGCGUCGCCGCCGAGGAACUGCGGGGUCUGUCUCGACCCACCUAGGAGAGAGGCUGCGGGCAGGAGACCCUUUCGCCCGCCGGAGCUUGAAGCUUCUUGGGCUUGCGCGGGGGCUACUGCGUCUCGCCGGCUGAGAACAAGUCCCUAAGUUGGUGUGGAGAGCGCCCCUACCUUCCUUCUCCUCUUCCUCGGAGGCCACCGCAGCAGAAACACGCCCCGGGAACCCGGCUUUGCCAGUGCUGUGAACCAGGGUGUCCAGGCGCUCUCCGGACUCCCGCUGGGAAGUGGGGAGCCGAACGCCCAGCGCGGAGCUGGCCCAGCAGCGAAGGGCCCAGAGGGAGCUGCCUUUCCCCACCCGCGCCUCUCUCGGCCGGGGACCGCGGGGAUCCCCGGCCACACGCGCGCGCGCUCCCACACUCACACACACACACACACACACACACACUCGCCCUCAAACACACCAGCCCGGAGCUGGGCUGCGGAGAGGGUGCUCCGGCGCGCUCAGAGGACCAGGCAGUUGCCGUCCGGAGUGGGGCAGGAAGCGGAGCUAGGGAUCUUGGAGGGGAGCUCCUAGGGCUUGGCCGGAUCAUGGGACCGGGUGAGCACUGAGAAUCGCGGCCGCAGCCAUCAGCCCUGGAGAUGACCAGGAGCGGCCACUGCUGAGAACUAUGUGGAGAGAGGCUGCGAGCCCUGCUGCAGAGCCUCCGGCUGGGAUAGCCGCCCCCCGUGGGGGCGAUGCGGACAGCGCGGGACAGCCAGGGGAGCGCGCGGGGGCCGCAGCAUGCGGGAACCCGCUAAACCCGGUGGCUGCUGAGGCGGCCGAGAUGCUCGUGCGCGCAGCGCGCCCCACUGCAUCCUCGACCUUCUCGGGCUACAGGGACCGUCAGUGGCGACUAUGGGCAGAGUGGGCUAUUGGACCCUGCUGGUGCUGCCGGCCCUUCUGGUCUGGCGCGGUCCGGCGCCGAGCGCGGCGGCGGAGAAGGGUUCCCCCGCGCUGAAUAUUGCGGUGAUGCUGGGUCACAGCCACGACGUGACAGAGCGCGAACUUCGAACCCUGUGGGGCCCCGAGCAGGCGGCGGGGCUGCCCCUGGACGUGAACGUGGUAGCUCUGCUGAUGAACCGCACCGACCCCAAGAGCCUCAUCACGCACGUGUGCGACCUCAUGUCCGGGGCACGCAUCCACGGCCUCGUGUUUGGGGACGACACGGACCAGGAGGCCGUAGCCCAGAUGCUGGAUUUUAUCUCCUCCCACACCUUCGUCCCCAUCUUGGGCAUUCAUGGGGGCGCAUCUAUGAUCAUGGCUGACAAGGAUCCGACGUCUACCUUCUUCCAAUUUGGAGCGUCCAUCCAGCAGCAAGCCACGGUCAUGCUGAAGAUCAUGCAGGAUUAUGACUGGCAUGUCUUCUCCCUGGUGACCACCAUCUUCCCUGGCUACAGGGACUUCAUCAGCUUCGUCAAGACCACAGUGGACAACAGCUUUGUGGGCUGGGACAUGCAGAAUGUGAUCACACUGGACACUUCCUUUGAGGAUGCAAAGACACAAGUCCAGUUGAAGAAGAUCCACUCUUCUGUCAUCUUGCUCUACUGUUCCAAAGACGAGGCUGUUCUCAUUCUGAGUGAGGCCCGCUCCCUUGGCCUCACCGGGUAUGAUUUCUUCUGGAUCGUCCCCAGCUUGGUCUCUGGGAACACGGAGCUCAUCCCCAAAGAGUUUCCAUCGGGACUCAUUUCUGUCUCCUAUGAUGACUGGGACUACACCCUGGAGGCGAGAGUGAGGGACGGCAUUGGCAUCCUAACCACCGCUGCAUCUUCUAUGCUGGAGAAGUUCUCCUACAUCCCUGAGGCCAAGGCCAGCUGCUACGGGCAGAUGGAGAGGCCAGAGGUCCCGAUGCACACCUUGCACCCAUUUAUGGUCAAUGUUACAUGGGAUGGCAAAGACUUAUCCUUCACUGAGGAAGGCUACCAGGUGCACCCCAGGCUGGUGGUGAUUGUGCUGAACAAAGACCGGGAAUGGGAAAAGGUGGGCAAGUGGGAGAACCAUACGCUGAGCCUGAGGCACGCCGUGUGGCCCAGGUACAAGUCCUUCUCCGACUGUGAGCCGGAUGACAACCAUCUCAGCAUCGUCACCCUGGAGGAGGCCCCAUUCGUCAUCGUAGAAGACAUAGACCCCCUGACAGAGACGUGUGUGAGGAACACCGUUCCAUGUCGGAAGUUCGUCAAAAUCAACAAUUCAACCAAUGAGGGCAUGAACGUGAAGAAAUGCUGCAAGGGGUUCUGCAUUGAUAUUCUGAAGAAGCUUUCCAGAACUGUGAAAUUUACUUAUGACCUCUACUUGGUGACCAAUGGGAAGCAUGGCAAGAAAGUUAACAACGUGUGGAAUGGAAUGAUUGGUGAAGUGGUCUAUCAACGGGCAGUCAUGGCGGUUGGUUCACUCACCAUCAAUGAGGAACGUUCUGAAGUGGUGGACUUCUCUGUGCCCUUUGUGGAAACGGGAAUCAGUGUCAUGGUUUCAAGAAGUAAUGGCACCGUCUCACCUUCUGCUUUUCUAGAACCAUUCAGCGCCUCUGUCUGGGUGAUGAUGUUUGUGAUGCUGCUCAUUGUUUCUGCCAUAGCUGUUUUUGUCUUUGAAUACUUCAGCCCUGUUGGAUACAACAGAAACUUAGCCAAAGGGAAAGCACCCCAUGGGCCUUCUUUUACAAUUGGAAAAGCUAUAUGGCUUCUUUGGGGCCUGGUGUUCAAUAACUCCGUGCCAGUCCAGAAUCCUAAAGGGACCACCAGCAAGAUCAUGGUAUCCGUAUGGGCCUUCUUCGCUGUCAUAUUCCUGGCUAGCUACACAGCCAAUCUGGCUGCGUUCAUGAUCCAAGAGGAAUUUGUGGACCAAGUGACUGGCCUCAGUGACAAAAAGUUUCAGAGACCUCAUGACUAUUCCCCACCUUUUCGAUUUGGGACAGUGCCUAAUGGAAGCACGGAGAGAAACAUUCGGAAUAACUAUCCCUACAUGCAUCAGUACAUGACCAAAUUUAAUCAGAAGGGAGUAGAGGACGCCUUGGUCAGCCUGAAAACGGGGAAGCUGGACGCUUUCAUCUACGAUGCCGCAGUCUUGAAUUACAAGGCCGGGAGGGAUGAAGGCUGCAAGCUGGUGACCAUCGGGAGUGGGUACAUCUUUGCCACCACUGGUUAUGGAAUUGCCCUUCAGAAAGGCUCUCCUUGGAAGAGGCAGAUCGACCUGGCCUUGCUUCAGUUUGUGGGUGAUGGUGAGAUGGAGGAGCUGGAGACCCUGUGGCUCACCGGGAUCUGCCACAACGAGAAGAACGAGGUGAUGAGCAGCCAGCUGGACAUUGACAACAUGGCAGGCGUGUUCUACAUGCUGGCCGCGGCCAUGGCCCUUAGCCUCAUCACCUUCAUCUGGGAGCACCUCUUCUACUGGAAGCUGCGCUUCUGUUUCACGGGCGUGUGCUCUGACCGGCCUGGGUUGCUGUUCUCCAUCAGCAGGGGCAUCUACAGCUGCAUUCAUGGAGUGCACAUUGAAGAAAAGAAGAAGUCUCCAGACUUCAAUCUGACGGGAUCCCAGAGCAACAUGUUAAAACUCCUCCGGUCAGCCAAAAACAUUUCCAACAUGUCCAACGUGAACUCCUCAAGAAUGGACUCACCCAAAAGAGCUGCUGACUUCAUCCAAAGAGGUUCCCUCAUCAUGGACAUGGUUUCAGAUAAGGGGAAUUUGAUGUACUCAGACAACAGGUCCUUUCAGGGGAAAGAGAGCGUUUUUGGAGACAACAUGAAUGAACUCCAAACGUUUGUGGCCAACCGGCACAAGGAUAACCUCAAUAACUAUGUAUUCCAGGGACAACAUCCUCUUACUCUCAAUGAGUCCAACCCUAACACGGUGGAGGUGGCCGUGAGCACAGAAUCCAAAGUGAACUCUAGACCCCGGCAGCUUUGGAAGAAAUCCAUGGAUUCCAUACGCCAGGAUUCACUAUCCCAGAAUCCAGUCUCCCAGAGGGAUGAGGGAACAGCAGAGAAUAGGACCCACUCCCUAAAGAGCCCUAGGUAUCUUCCAGAAGAGAUGGCCCAUUCUGACAUUUCAGAAACGUCAAAUCGGGCCACGUGCCAGAGGGAACCUGACAACAGUAAGAACCACAAAACCAAGGACAACUUUAAAAGGUCAGUGGCCUCCAAAUACCCCAAGGACUGUAGCGAGGUCGAGCGCACCUACCUGAAAACCAAAUCAAGCUCCCCCAGAGACAAGAUCUACACUAUUGAUGGUGAGAAGGAGCCUGGUUUCCACUUAGAUCCGCCCCAGUUUGUUGAAAACGUGACCCUGCCUGAGAACGUGGACUUCCCAGACCCCUACCAGGAUCCCAGUGAAAACUUCCGCAAGGGGGACUCCACGCUGCCAAUGAACCGGAACCCCUUGCAAAAUGAAGAGGGGCUUUCCAACAACGAGCAGUAUAAACUUUACUCCAAGCACUUCACCUUGAAAGACAAGGGUUCCCCGCACAGUGAGACCAGCGAGCGAUACCGGCAGAACUCCACGCACUGCAGAAGCUGCCUUUCCAACCUGCCCACCUAUUCAGGCCACUUCACCAUGAGGUCCCCCUUCAAGUGCGAUGCCUGCCUGCGGAUGGGGAACCUCUAUGACAUCGAUGAAGACCAGAUGCUUCAGGAGACAGGUAACCCAGCCACCGGGGAGCAGGUCUACCAGCAGGACUGGGCACAGAACAAUGCCCUUCAAUUACAAAAGAACAAGCUAAGGAUUAGCCGUCAGCAUUCCUACGAUAACAUUGUCGACAAACCUAGGGAGCUAGACCUUAGCAGGCCCUCCCGGAGCAUAAGCCUCAAGGACAGGGAACGGCUUCUGGAGGGAAAUUUUUACGGCAGCCUGUUUAGUGUCCCCUCAAGCAAACUCUCGGGGAAAAAAAGCUCCCUUUUCCCCCAAGGUCUGGAGGACAGCAAGAGGAGCAAGUCUCUCUUGCCAGACCACACCUCCGAUAACCCUUUCCUCCACUCCCACAGGGAUGACCAACGCUUGGUUAUUGGGAGAUGCCCCUCGGACCCUUACAAACACUCGUUGCCAUCCCAGGCGGUGAACGACAGCUAUCUUCGGUCGUCCUUGAGGUCAACGGCAUCGUACUGUUCCAGGGACAGUCGGGGCCACAAUGAUGUGUAUAUUUCGGAGCAUGUUAUGCCUUAUGCUGCAAAUAAGAAUAAUAUGUACUCUACCCCCAGGGUUUUAAAUUCCUGCAGCAAUAGACGCGUGUACAAGAAAAUGCCUAGUAUGGAAUCUGAUGUUUAAAACUCUUCCAUUACUGUUUUAUCUAUAGGGAAAUAUACGUAAUGGCCAGCGUUCUGGAGGGUAAAUGUUGGAUGUCCAAUAGUGCCCUGCUAAGAGGAAGAAGAUGUAGGGAGGUAUUUUUUUGUUGUUGUUGUUGGCUCUUUUGCACAUGGCUUCAUGCCAUAAUCUUCCACUCAAGGAAUCUUGUGAGGUGUGUGCUGAGCAUGGCAGACACCAGAUAGGUGAGUCCUUAACCAAAAAUAACUAACUACAUAAGGGCAAGUCUCCGGGACAUGCCUACUGGGUAUGUUGGCAAUAAUGAUGCAUUGGAUGCCAAUGGUGAUGUUAUGAUUUCCUAUAUUCCAAAUUCCAUUAAGGUCAGUCCACCAUGUAAUUUUCUCAUCAGAAAUGCCUAAUGGUUUCUCUAAUACAGAAUAAGCAAUAUGGUAUGCAUGUAAACCUGACACAGACAAAAUAAAAACAGUUAAGAAUGCAUCUGCACUGUAGUGCGAUUGACACGUGCAAGAGAUUAGGAAGUUUGGCUCGUAACAGUUUCAGCUUUCUUGUUAUGCCUUCCAUCACAGCCCAGGCUCACCCCAAGAACUCCAGGCUCCCCCAAAGAAUAGCAAAUCAGUGUGUUCAUGGUGACUGUGCUACCUUCAUUAUGGUUCAUUUCUGAGACACAUCUGGAGCCAAAGGCCUGAGGGACCCUCAGGUGGAGAGAGCUACAGGAAUCUCUUUGGAUGUUGAUGUGUGUUUCUCUCACCCUCGGCUUCGAUGGUGUUGUUCAGAGCUGCAUAAACUAACACAUUUAUGUCUCCGAGAUCUAAGUGUGGAUCUUCUGUCUGUGACACAGUGGCCAUUGUAGUUUAUCCCGAAGACGCCUAUGUACGUAAGUUUGCAUUUCCUCCCUUCUGGUGAUGACUCAGGGUUGUAUAGUAUCUGUUACCCCUUCCCUCCCAGAGUAACCAUAACUCGUUCCGUUUCCAAACAGCCAUGGUGGUGUCCAAUUAGCUGUGUAUCGCUCUUCCCAGAGUUGUUAAUGUGGUGACAUGCACCAACAGCCGUAUGUGUACUGUGAUCUGUAAGAAGUACAAUGCCAUCUGUCUGCCGAAGGCUAGCAUGCUUUUAGGUUUAUCUUCCUUCACAUCCAGAAAUUCUGUUGGACACUCACUUCCACCCCAACCUCAUCAAAUCAAAAGCCUUCAAAACAUGAGGCACUCUUGGAUCUACCCUGAGUAUCCUCCAAACUGUGGAUAGAGUUUAGUGAGACAAGUGAUUUCUCCCUUCUGAGUUAUUCUCUCUGUUGGUGGCAAACCACUUCAUAGCACCAACAGAGAUAUAGGAAAAAUUCCUCAAAGCAUUUGUCAUUUCUGAGUCACCUGCAUUAUCCCAUUCUUAUUCUACUCAAACCCGUGCACAUACGACAUGAAAUGAUACCCAUUUUUUUUAAAGUUAGAGACAGAGAGGGGAACACUUAUGCAUGGGGAGCCUGUUAGCACAGUGCCUGCCACAAAAAAAAAGUGCCCCCGACAAGAUAGUUGCUAUGUUAUGACACUUUAUCAGAUCAGGAUUUUCUAGUUUAAAAAUUAAAUAUCAUAAAACCAGCAAAUAAUAUUAACUUUUUAUAUAGUUCUACUCUGUUAAUUAGUGUAUUUCAUGUACAUGAAUAUUUUUGAAGUAUUUGGGAUAACUAGCCAUCAGUGUUUGCAGAAGACCUCAGUCUGUUUCGGGCCAUUACGGAAACACUAAGCUAAUGUAGACUCGCCUGGCCAUUUCCUGGUUUCCUCCUGCAUUCUGCUUUACAUUCUUGAAGAAAGGGAUAAAGUGGCAGGUUGAAAAAUUAUCCCAUUUCUUCUCCUCAUGGUGUGCGUUCUGUUUUGUAAGUAUUAUUUUCUUGCAUGUGGGCAAGUGUCAGGGAUGAUUCUCUUAAAGCUCAAGGAUGCAUGGAAUAGCUCCGUCUUUGGGAAAGUACACCUGACCUACAGUGUUCCUAUAAUGAUGAAAAGUGGUUGCAAUAAAUUUCAGGGUCAGUGAUAGAGAGACAGAGGGAGGCAGUGGGUGAGAGGAGCUUCCUUUCAUUUUUGAAAGGAAGAAGGGGCUGACUAGGUGCUGGGGAUGCAUGUGCUUGAAAAUGACAUUUUAUUUCCCGGAUGCUGUACCUCUGCUGCCCCAAGACCCAGCCAUGGAGAAGCCUGGAUCGAAGGGCCUGGAAUAGUCACCCCAACUUCUGAUCCUAAAUCUAAAUUUCCAUGACUGUGUAGCCUUUUAGCCCUUUCUACCUUCUGCCCUUCCAGUGCAUUCCAGACCUUUAUCCACCCCAGCAAGGAUCACCUCCAUUUCCUCAUGAGUCUGGUAUGUUUUGACAUGAAUGAAUUAAAAACCCUCUCCAGAAUACAGAACAGUGAUUUGUCGUUAAGCCAAAGACGCUUUCUGUCUUCCUCUGGUGUCCUCUAAACCCAGGGGGCUGCCAAAUGCCACAGAGACCUCCAGGGAGAGUGAGAGUCAUACUUCGACUGACAUCAUUGGUCAGAAAGCCUUCCCCUAACAGCAGCAUUAUUUCUGCUAUUAACCCCAUACAUCUCCGGAUAAAGAAACUGAAAACAUGGCCUUUGGAAGAAUCAACAGUAAUGUUAUGAAAAAAAUCUAUAUUCUUUUCACUACCGAAAGUGUUUUUUAAAUAAAUAAUCAGAAAUUUUAUGCUACACAAAGUUUAUGGUUUCCCUUCUCUACUAAUUCACUGACUUUUCAAUGUGAUGAUCCCAAGCGAAAAAAAAAAAAAAAAAUCAACUACUGAUCAGAUGGUCAAUUUCUAAGGAAAAGAUGAAGAGUUAUUCAAAGGUCAUCUAAGUCAGUUCAGUUUUUGCAAAAAGAAUAUCAGGAAUGUAACGUCCAGUGGUAAAUGGAACCCACAGUAUGAGAAGUAACAAGAAUUAAAUAGGAAGCCUGAGACUAUAGAUCCAUCACAGAAGAUUCCUGUAACAUAUCCUAGCUCUGAGAUCUUAGAUUUGUUGAUGGCAAGGAGCCCAAAUCUCUGAACACAAAUGCCUGAGUUUCAGCUGGCUUAAGUCAGAGCUGGCAUCCAUAUGAUAUUUUGUUAAUUCUAAUUGGUUUUCCCCACUUGAGAAGGACCCAACUGGUCCUCAGAUAGGUACACAUGAAUGCAAAUUGUUGGGUCUCUGUCCGUGGGUAAUAGCACGUACAUACAACCAAUUUAAAAUACUCUGGGUAAGAGAGUCUUCUAGAUCAUAAACUGUACCUGAGAAACCUUUGUGCUUCUGGAAAAUGGGUUUCAUCAUCCUUAUAUCUGCAGGUUCUUAGGCCACUUAUGGUUUCAAUGCUCUGAGCUGGCAAGUCCCUAUAGGUCUAUCUUUCUACCAGGGAGACUUGCAGGAUUAUAAUCUCAUAAUCUCACCACUCAUUACUGUUAUGUCCUCUGCAAAUCUCUCUGCAUUAUUUUAGCCAGCACCAUGACUGGGCAUCCAUGGAUUACUCUUGAUUUUCUCUUCCCUGAUUCACAGGGUGCCAGAGAGUCUUAGUAUUUAACUUUUCUGGUGAAAGCAUUAAAAUUCACACAUUGCAGCAAAAUCUGUCAAAUCAUUUCACGCUUAUUUUCUGGGGAGAAAAAAAGAAAAUUACACCUUGUUUACAAAUGAAAUAGUUUCACUUAAAUGGGACUCUAGCCAAGGCAGUUAAUUAGUCAAAAGAUCCACGGCUGUCAUAUAGUCACACAUUGUUUAUCUAUUUGAUAUGUCGACCACUGAUGUGUAUUUAAUAUUCUGCAUCCUUCUCAGGAAAUGACAAAUGCCCUGAAUUAUUUGCAAAUAGAAUUGCUAAUGAAAAAGAAAAAAAAGUUGAUGUUAAUUAAAUGGUGAUUAAAAAUUUAUCUCCUUUAAAUCUAAAAAGUGCAGCUUUAAUAAUCAGUUGUCAUAUAAAUAAGUAUCUUGUACUGAAAUCCCUUGUGGUUUAAGACCUAAAUAAACACCAAUUUGAGAAAUCUAAAUACCUUACAGAGGAGCUGGAUAUAUUUGUUAACAUUAUGCACAUUCCUGUACUGUUUCUUUGUGCAUAGCUGUUGUGCAUGAAUCCUUGAAAAGGGGACAUGCGUUGUUUCUGAAAUGGAGCCUGUUUUUAUUAACCAUGGCUAUAGUAGACAUGAUUGGACUCAGAAAGAAGUUUGAGUAGGUGGAAGCUAAAUGUGUUGGUUGAUAUUUAAUGAGUGAAGGGUUCUAUGUAAAGGCAAUUUUCCUUCCAAAAGUACUGUUUAUUUUCACCGGAGACAAAAUUAGACCUUUCCGGGUACCCCAUCUCUUUUUGGUGAACAGCGUUGAAAGUGAUGUGGGGUCUAUACUUGAAAAGUUCUCCCAAUAUGCAGUUACUGUUUCCCAUUCAAUCCCUAUACAUUGUACUGUGUUCAUAUCUAAUUGUAUCAGAUGAGGUCAGCUUGCCACUUGAUAUAGAUCAGAGAUGAUCAAAUGCACUUAUCCUGUGAAUACAACUGCUUGUGUACACAUGUAUAUAAUAUACAUGCUUGAUUUCUACAAUUCACACGUAAGUGUAUUAUCCAAAUAAAAUUGUACAUAUUGUAAAGUUUAUGUUAAAAAUUAAAUGGUGAUGAUGGUAUUAACACAUGGAAAACCCAUUCUGGUUAUUUUUAUGGGAGGAUAUUUCUGUAGAGAGGGCACUAUAUUUUUUUAAUCUCAGUGGUAGGGAGGAUGACAGAGCCUAAGUAGAAUUUGGGUGUUGGCGUUCUUCUUGGCCCCUUCUUUAAAAAACAAAACUCUGGGAUGGGGGGUAUAGAAUAUAUUCUGCUUGCAUUUGCUUCUGAAGACAAUGCCGACGUGGACUUGUGUGUGAUUUCCUUAAACACAUCAAAGGGCACGGAUUUCCUAUUUAAAUUCCUUAUCCUCUUUCCUCACCUGCACUCUUUCUGUGCCCAGCAGUACUUUCAGUAUAGUAUUAGCUAGAAGUGCCUGCCCAGAAGGGUCUUAGAAAAAGAGUUUGUAGAACCACACUAAAAGUUAGGAGAAGGGGAGGAGAGAUGAGAAAAAUGAAGUUUACAAAUGGGCAGUCGCCUGUUUAAGAUCAUCAAGUUAGAGAGUAUCAGAGCGAGGAUUAGAUCCAAGACAUGGUUCAAUUUCUGGCUUGAUUCUCUGACCAGGCUGACUUAUUUCUAGGUUUCUUUCAAGGGGACACUCCUGAAUACCUCUGGAAUAAGAGGCAGAGAUCCCCAUAAAGCUGCCUUGGCUUUUUUUUUUCUCUUUUUUUGCCUCUUGCCCUAGAAAGACCUACCCAUGCUUCUUUGAAAUUUGGUUUUCCUUUAAACUCCCUCACAAUCCCUGUCUUAAAGUUCCUAGAAAACUUUUUUCAAAGACCGUCUCCUUAGGAAACAUCAACAGGGAUAUUGUUUAAAACCUCAAACUGAAGACAGAUGAAAGGUUCGCAGUGACCAUUGAAAUAAUUGAGUUCUAUGUACCAUGCAUUGAGGAAGAACCAAGCACAUUGACCAGCUAGUAGGAUUUCACUGAAUGUCCACUUUAUUUUGGAAGCCAGUUUGGGAUUGUGGGGGAAGGGAUGCAAAAUAAGUAGGAAAUAUAGUCUCUUCCUAUAAGUAGCUUAUGGUUUAGAAGUUCAGUUCUCUAAUACAAAGGAUAACCAAGGACCCAUGAAAUGCAAACAGAGACUAAACAGCAAAAAUUAGAAAUGACAACUAAAGUUGUAGCCAGGAAAAAAAAAUAAUCUGAUUCUAUGAGCAUACCUUUGUUUUUUUGUUUUUUUGUUUUUUUAAAAAAAGUCCUUCCCUAAACCUUUAAGUAACUCUGGAGAAUAGAGCUAGUGCUUCCGGAAAUGCACUUGAUUUAUUUUAAUCUUCAAAUAACGUGCUUAGGAGACCCAGGAGCUGCUAACCAGGUGAACACACUCACACUCCUACAUUUUUGCACAGGAAGGCUUUGGUCUGGUUCCAACCAGUUCUCCAAUCCUUGCCAAAUCAUGCCUCUUCCCAGCCUUGCGUUAUGACAUGUGCCUCAAGAAAAGGUUGAAAAAAUUCCCCAAAGGAUUAGAAAAUAGACCAUGAUGUAAAAAGACGAAGCAUUUCCCUAAAGCUUUUUUGUUUGGUUUUGUUUUUGACGUUUGAAGAACCCUUUUGAUAGACCAGGGUAUGAAUGUAUCAGGGAAGGGUAGAGGGAGAAUUCUUUAUCGAGUUCCAAGUGCCUACUGUUGUGGCUGACAAAAGAGAAAGCAUCAGGUUCCCUAGAGAGAAGAUGGGGCAAAGAGAUGGCAAAAGGAAUAUAGGUGUAUUUUAGGAAGGAUGGCGAGGUGGAGAGAGAGCUUUUGUCACUCUGUCCAUCCCAUUCUGUGCAUUCUUGGAAUGUUGUAUUUUCUGCUUAUCGUAAGUACUUGCCAUGGAUCUGCACCUGAAUUUGAAAAUAUCAAAAUAUAUCUAAAUUGAGUGUAGGUGAUAUUCUAGGCCUAUCCUAGAAUGUGAUCCUCAAAAUAACCUUAAGAUAUAAAUAUGAUUGCUCCCAUUUUACAGAUAAGGAAACUGAGGCUCAGGUUUUUCUCAGCCUCAUCAGCAACUAGAAUUAGCUAGUAAAUCCCUAACGUUAGACAUAUUCUCAAAGUGCCUGGUCUCCUCCAGGGAGGUCAGAAUAGAAGUCAGAAAGAGAGGUCUGCUCUUUUGAGAUUCCUGGGCAUGUACCCUUGAGUGCCAGCCUCUGUGACAGGGAAGUUUGUUAGGGUCUUACCCCUCAUUGCCUGAUUUGUGUGUAUGGAGAACUUCUGGGGAUCUCACCUCUGUUCAUAGUUCCUUCUGAGACUUGAACACUGUUUGUGUCUCCCUUUCAUAUGCUUGCACUCAGCAUUUAAAAAAAAUUCCUGGGGAGUUAUUUUCUCUACUUAGCAUGUGCCUAAUCUUAAAUAUCUCUUUCCUAAUGUCUCAUCUUUUUAUCCGUCAACAUCAGGGCUAAUUCCUUUAAACAUAUGUACAUAGUACAUGCUCUCAUGUGUGUGGGUAUGCACACACACACACACAGCCAUGUGGCCCUCCAUUAAAGUCCUCCUGAAUAUUGUGACCCAUGUUCAAAGGGGUGAUAUUAUUUGCAAGUUGACUAUUCCUCCUAUUUCAUGUCUAUGUUUGGUUAUCUUUGCCAGGCAGAUGGAAUGAGUUUCAGAGGUGGGACAGGGAAUAGGAAAUAGAGUUUCUGCAUGAAUGAUGGAGAGCUUUGGUAGUCAGAAUGAUUGAGGACCAGCUAUUAAAAUGUUGUUGUUGUUUUCCUUCUUGGUCUGUUCUUUUUUUUUUCCAAAUUGUCUUAGAGAUAAUUCCCUGCUCACUUAGCAUUAGGAUAGUGACGGUUAUUCUGUCCCACUGAAGAGUGUUGAAUUGGAACGCUUCCACCGGGCUUUAUAGGUACCCAGAAUGGCCUAGUGUUUAACACAUCCUGCAGGCAUACUGCUGAGCACACACUGCCUUUCUUGCAUUCCCCCCUCUCCAUGGUCUAAGCCACAUUUCUUUCCUGGCAUUUAUAUUCACCGAGAGGUGAGGGGUGCAUUAGGCCCAUUUGAUGGAUGAGGACACUAGGGGGGAUUUGAAGGAAUGUCUUUCUGGGAGUCUCCGUGAAUUCUCUGGAGAGUUAGCUAACUUAACGCAAGUUAAGUGCUAGUCCACGAGAAAAAUUCCUCAGCUGUUUUCGUCUUUCAAGCUGGCAGUAAAAAGCCUUUUAAGACAGAAAGAUUAUUAUUUGUUAUUUGGAGAGCCUGUUGUUGGGUCUACAAGUGCGUGACCGUGUUCUCCUUGCAAUGUUGAGCUAUGCAGAAAUGGAGCACUCCAAAGAACAAUUUGACCAAUAGCAUUUCUUCUCUGGGGGUUGUAUUUCAAAGCAUGCAACUCUCCAGAGAACCAGAACUAAAUUGCUUAAAAUGAAGUCAUUCCUCAGAUUAACUUCAUCAGAUAAAGUGUCAGCAGUCUGCAGAAACGAAGAAGACAAAACUGAGAUUAUCACUCAUAAUUCUCUCUUAUUUACUAUGUCAGUGAAACAAUGAGUUUGCAUUUUUGCAAUCCUAGAACAUUCUUCAUUAGCCCUAGGUCAUGACCUCUUCCAGUUAAUUCUCUUUAACACCUUUAGGAAAGAUUUAAGAUGAACCUUCAAUAGGAUAUUAACAUAACUCGUAGCCAAUACCACAGCUGCCUUUCAAGUUAAUGAGGUUAAUUGUUCUCCAGCAAACAUGAAUUUGUCUUUGGCAUUUUAAACGCUUCCCAUUGAUCUGACAUUUUGCUGUUUUAAGUUUUAAAGGGCUCAAAUCAAAGACUAUUUAAACUGAGCAAAGAGUGAAGGUCCAGAAAUACAAAAACAUUGUCUUUUUUUUUUCCAUGAAAAACAAUCAUAGCCUUUUGAAUUCAAUCAAAGUUUCUACAUGAGCCAUCUAAGACUUAUUGAAUUAUUUCCAUUCUCGGUCAAGCUAAUUCAAGUGAAUGAACAGUAUUGACUUUUAAAAUCUUUUUUAAAUUUUUUUAAAUCUUUAGUUUAUUAAGUUUGUAGACACAGCUCUGGGGCCAUGACCACUUACAUAAAUGUUUCAGUUUAAAAACAAAAUAUUCAGGCCUCUAAUUUGAGCCAAAUCCAGGUGAUCUUCUUUGAAAUUUUUGAUAAAUUUGAAAAGACGAAAGUGGAACUUUUAACAUUCAUGUUCCUCAAAUUUUUCACUGGGAAGGGAUGCUAAUUGCCUACUUAAGAUAUAAGUUCAAGAAUCACAUUUUCAUAGAAAAUGCAGAAAACUGCUUGACACAGCAAUGACAUAGUUAGAUGUGGCUCAGAUGCCUUCCAAACCUGAGGGUCCCCAAAGAUUUCUUUACCAGUUGUUUUCAACUAUGAAUCUUAAUCUUGUUCAUUCCCCUGCCAAAACAAAUUUAAAAGCAUAAACCUGCUGAAUUAAUUGGCAGAAUUCACUAUAGUUUAUAUCACCCCAGAAUGUUUAUGUGUAUAUGUUUAUGCGUAGUAUAUAUAUUUCAAGCUGAAUGUUCAUAAAGAAUAAGGUGAGUUUCUUGGUGGCUUGAAUAAGAAUUAGAUCAUAAAAAUUAUAAAUAAUGGCCUUCUCAGACAGAAAAAAGGAUAAAUGAUUCAUUUUUCACUCACGUAUUAAUAAUAAGACUUGUUGCAUAAUACACAAGCUGGUCAUUGCCUGCAAGAAAGUUAUUGAAUUAAGCAGCUAUCCAGGUUUAUGUCUGAGUCGAUUUUUAACCCAAUAUGGCUAGGAUUGAACUCCAUAUGCAGAGGCUUUCUAUUCACAGCUACAUUCAAACAGAAUCCAAAACCCACAUCAGAACUGACUUGAUGUCUUGUAUGGUGGAGCUCAAAGCAAGCUGUGUGCUCUACGCAACGGUCUUCAUUUGGGAAUUAAUGUUCACUGAUCAACUGCAGCAGUUUAUAUCUGUCAUGUUUUAAUCCACUGCAUGAGGAAGUGCUAAUAAGUGUAUUAAAUAUUUCCAAGCAUAGCUACAAAAUUACAUGUUUGCUUAACACCUUUCUAUGAUAGAGGAAGUAUAUACUAUGGUUGUCUUCUUGUAGUAUGUCUUUUAAUUUUGUUCAAUGUGUUAUCAACUGUUUUAAGGAAUGGGGAUUGAAAUGUGUGUGCAAACUGAUAUGUACAUAACUCCUGAGGCAACAGAAGUGCCCGGUCAUAUGGUGUAAAAAUGUAAAUACAGGAAAAUUUCAUUUUUCUAAUAAAGAUAAUUUCUGCCAAUUGAUAUGAAAAUGA